AGUUAAAUAAUAUAAAUAAAUUUCCUUUUUUUAUUUAUUCAAGUGCAACAAAUAAGCAUCAUAAAAAAUAAAUGUUGCUUCGUUGAUUUCGAUCUUUAAACAGUUUUUAACGAACAUUUGAAUUUCGAAAUUUAAUUCUCUAGAUCAAAAAAAAAUCAGAGGGGUCAUCUACUAAGUGAAUGUUUACAAAAAAAAUGGCUAAAAGAAGUUUAAACGAAUUCGAAGAAGAAAUCAAUGACAGCAAACGCUUUCUUAGCGAUAUUCAAGGAGAAAAGAAGCACACCCUAGACUCCGAUGAAAGCGACAAUGAAGAAGAUCCACAAAUGAAUCCUGAUGAUAUUGAAGGUGAAGAAGCAGGAGAUGAACGUGUCGAUGCAGACGAGGAAAUUAAAUUUACUCCAUUCAACAUGAAAGAAGAGUUGGAAGAAGGUCAUUUUGAUCAAAUGGGUCAUUAUCAUUUCAAGAAGGGUGACGAGCGGCAUCUUGACAAUUGGCUUGAUGAUGUCGAUUGGGUGAAAGUAAAAAAAGAUGAAAACUACAGGAAAAAAUAUUAUACUGCUGAUGGAGAAUAUAAUUCGAGUUCCGAUGAAGAUGAUGAUCUUGCAGGACCUCAAAAGAAAUUCAAUUCACUAAAUUCGUUCAAAGAAAUUUUGACGUUCAUGCAACCGAACGAGUCGAUCAACAGAACUCUGCAAAGGUUAAAUAAAUCUAAGUUAAAAGUAAGCACAGCACAAAUGUGGAAGAUGAAGAAGCAAGGCAUCGUUGACGAAGCAUCGAAUAAAAUCACAAAAAUCACUGGGCUUGUUAAUGAGAUUCUUACACAAACCGGCAACAUGAAUGUUUAUGAGUUAACAUAUGAACAGAUUGAGAUAAAAGUUAAAGCAAUGGAUGAUAAAUCAGAAGCUGGUCCCAGUAAAGAAGUUGAGUUGGAUAUGUACGCUGAUGAUUUUGAUGAGAAAGAAAAAGAUACUUUAAAAGAACCAGCAGAAAAGUCAGUGACAUUUGCCGAAGAGAACCGUGAUGAAGAUACAACUCCAAAGCUCAUGUGGGAGUACAAAAUAACUCAAAAUGAGACAGAUCCUAUUUUUGGUCCAUUCACUACCGAACAAAUGUCUAAAAAAGCUGACAAUGGCGAAUUCAAAGAAAAUGUUUAUGUUCGAAAGGUUGGCGAUGAACGAUUCUAUUCAUCAGCUAGAAUCGAUUUUGAUCUCUAUUUGUAGACAUUGUUAAUGCGAUAAAUAAAGCUUAUGCUUCUUUUUUUUUUUAUAAAAUACA